UCGCAAUUUCCAUCACAUUCACCACAAUCGUCUCUUUCAAUACUCUACAAUACAACACAAGUCAACAUAUAUCUUAACGAUGGAAAGAACCGACUCUACCGCCAAACUUGUCGACAGUGAUCACCUGGGCCUUUUGAGCGACCAGCCUGAGUCUGAAGGAUUCUCCUCUGGCUACGACUCGGCCGAUACAUCGGACUCCGAAUCAUCUCCCCCACACGACAACGACGACAACAAAGAUGUCGACGACGGAAUGGGCUUGGAAUGCGACAACAUCAGCAGUGAUCACGUGAAGUACCAGAACACCAGUGCCCUCUGUGAACACCUGAAGUACAUCUUAUCCAUGCCAGAACUUUGUGACGUCACAUUUCUCGUAGGGCCAACUAAAGUCCCCGUCCAUGGAGUGAAGGCUAUUCUAUCAACUCGUAGCAGGGUUAUGUACCAGUUUAUCCUUAAGAAUGAACGUUGUAUGAAAGAAGCCAAGAAGUCCAGAAAGCCCAGACAAUCCCGUUUGACCAUUGAAGUGAAUAAGUACCAGCCCGAGGACUUCCGCAAGAUAGUACAGUUCAUCCACUGUGGCUCUGUGGAUGUAGACUCCAGAAGUGUUGCAGGUUUGCUUUGCGGUGCAAGACAGUUUGGAUUAGACGAUUUGAAGACCGCUUGUUUGGAUUAUAUCAGACGAUGUGUCCAGACACGACCUCAGUCGCUGAUCACCAUACAGAGGGGUGCUAACCAGUACAUACACCACCGAUACGGCAUCAAGUUAUUCACCAAGAUGCAGCAUUUCAUGACAUCAACAACCAAGAAAGUGACAUCAACUACCAAGAAAGUGGCUAUAGAGACAGCAGUAUGAAGUACACCACAUAGAAUAUUUCCACAAAAGUGCUAGUGACAAUUAUCACCGACUGUAAUCGUGAGAUACCCACUCUGUUACAAGUGCUAGUUACAGGUAUCUGUGGGUCAGAUACAUGUCCCCUGCCAUACCGGACACCUAUGAUAGGGCAUUGUGUGCUAUGUUUGGACAUUUAUCAGCAACUGUUCUCGGUUUUGUCCUCUUGGACACUGGACAACAACUGUUCUAGUAUUGCCUCGUCCUUGGACACUUGCCAACAACUGUUCUAGUAUUGCCUUGUACCUGGAUACUUGCCAACAACUGUUCCAGUAUUGCCUUGUACUUGGACACUUGCCAACAACUGUUCCAGUAUUGCCUUGUACUUAGACACUUGCCAACAACUGUUCUAUACAUUGUAUGCUGUACAGAGACACACGGAUGUUGUUUUUUUAUCAUUAAAUUACAGUGCUAUAAGAUUAGGGCAAUCCAAAAUACUCUCAAACGUUGACACUUAAUUUUUAUAAUUACUGUGCUGUUAUCAUACCAUUUUAUGUUUCCUGUAAAUAAUAAAACAAAUGUUAAUUUUUGAUUUCUAGUUUUUAUUUCUUUUUUCCUAUAAACUCUUAUGUGUUUUCAGUGUAACAAUACAUGUUCUACUGUGAUGUUACUACAAUACAAAACACAUGUAUUCCAUACUUUGUUACCACUGUACUGGUCUUACAUUGUCAAAGCCUAUUGGAGACAACAAGAAUAGUCCACAUAUAAAACAACAUCUCCAGUAAUACUCCUUCACUUCAUUACGUCUCUGCUAAAAACUGACAUGGACAAAUCUGUACAGACAUCAUAUUUCAAGUUAACUGUAUAUAUGAAUAAUUGGCAAACAAAAACACACAAUGCUGUCUUGUAUAUGAUUUCUUAAUAAACUUUGUCUCGUCUUUUUAUGUCUCUUGUACCUGUUGUUGUACAAAACACACUUAGGAAUCUUCGUAUGAUGAUCAAGGAUGACAAUACUUUUCAAAUGAUUGCAAUAAUAUAUGGAGAUCAGCUGCCUUACAAAAACACAGGUAAAAUUGGCCAACAUGUUAGGCUUUAAAACGUUCAUAUAAAACACUACAACCCUGUCCAUUUGAGGUUUGAGCUGAUCCAUUAAAACAAUAUCCCCACUUCCGACGUUCCACCACAUUAGGUUUGACUUAUUUGUAACCUAUAUAGUGUUGCCUUGGUCUCCAAAACCCUCCUAUCACAAAAUUAUUGGGAAACAUCCUUCCAUGGGGAUGUUUUCCAGUAAUUUGGAUGGGAAUUGUUUCCAAAUAUUUCCUCCAUGGGGAAAGGACAUUUUUUAUUUGAAUAAAAGUUAAAUACUUUCAACAGUUUGAAAAAUUACAGCAAAUACAAUAUAUUAACUACCUACUCUU